AUGGACCAACCAUCUCAGCCUCAAAGAGGAGGUCCCCUCGAUCUAAGAAUGGGAAUCAGUGAAAGAGGUAAGAACUGCGAAACUUGCAAAAAGGCUCUAGCGGAUUGUCCGGGGCAUUUCGGUUAUGUAAAGCUAGAAUUACCAGUUUUCCAUGUAGGAUACUUCAAGCACUCUGUGAAUAUCUUAUAAGUAGUAUGUAAAGAAUGCAGCAAUGUCCUUCUUGAAAAUCCAGAUAAGAUAAAGUUUAUCAAGCAGAUGAGAUCUAAAACUGAUCCACACUAGAAACUAGCAAUUUGGAAGACAAUCAUUACCUAGUGCAAGAAAGUAAAGAAAUGCCCUCAUUGCGAAGCACACAACGGCACUGUAAAGAAAAUGCCUAAUUUCCCAACAAGAAUAAUUCAUGAUAAAUACAAGGGCGCGAAAGGAACAGAUUAAGAUGAGUUAAUAUAAGACUUUGCCCAUGUUUUCACAUUAAACAAUAAUAUCGAAAGCAGUUUAAGAUCAUCUUAUGAAGAGCUUGACCCUCAGAAGGUCUACAAUAUCUUUCAGAGAAUUAAAGACGAAGAUGUCGUGAUUUUUUAUAUGGAUUAAAAUCUCUGCAAGCCAAUAGAUAUGCUGAUCACCCAUAUUCCAGUUCCUCCAGUUCCAAUUAGACCCUCAGUCGCUGUUUCAUCGAGUACGACAAACGAAGAUGAUUUAACUGUCAAAAUGGCUGAAAUUAUCUAGCUCAAUAAUUUGAUAAAGAUAAGCAUAGAUGAAGGAUUAGCUCCUAACAAACUUAUUGAAGAUUGGAUUUUAUUGCAAUACACUAUCGCAUAAUAUUUCAAUAGUGAAACACCUGGACUUCCUCAUAACUUAUUGGGAAACAAAUAAAUCAGAGCUCUAAGUCAAAGAUUAAAAGGAAAGCAUGGUAGAUUCAGGUAAAACUUAUCAGGAAAAAGAGUAGACUUCACAGGAAGAACUGUCAUCUCUCCAGAUCCUAACUGUGGAAUUGACGAGGUUAUGAUUCCAAUUUACAUCGCUAAGAAUCUUACUUUCCCUGAAAGGGUGAAUCAAUAUAACAUUGAAAAACUUAGAAACCUGGUGAGAAUUGGUCCAGAUGUGCAUCCUGGCGCUAACUAUGUAGAAUCAUUAGAUGGAAAUAAAGUUUUACUAUAAUAUGCUAACAGAAGAAAAACUGCUGAGGAACUUCAAAUUGGAGAUAUUGUCGAAAGACAUCUGGAAAAUGGCGAUGUUGUGCUUUUUAAUAGACAACCCAGUCUUCACAGAGUCUCAAUUAUGGCUCAUAAGGCUAGAGUAAUGCCCUCAAGAACUUUAAGAUUCAAUGAGUGUGUAUGCACACCUUAUAAUGCAGAUUUUGAUGGUGAUGAGAUGAAUAUUCAUUUACCUUAAUCUGAGGAGGCAAGAGCAGAAGCUAGAAUACUAAUGGAUGUCAAAUAGAAUUUAUUGAUUCCCAGAUCAGGAGAGCCUUUGAUCGCUCCCACACAAGAUUUCCUAACUUCUAGUUAUCUAAUAACAUAAAAAGAUUUCUUCCUUAAUAGAAAUGAAUUCAUGAGAAUAUGCGCUUAUUUCUGGGAUGCUAAUGAGAGAAUUGAGAUUCCUCCUCCAACUAUUUAUAAGCCUGUUGAAUUAUGGACUGGAAAACAGAUCUUCAACGUACUUUUAAGACCUAACAGAAAAAGCAAUGUUUAUGUCAACACAGUGGUUAAAGAAAGAAAUUACACUGGAUAAGGAGAACAUAUGUGUCCAAAUGAUGGUUGGGUCAUUUUCCAAAACUCUGAGCUUAUUUGCGGAAAUUUGUGUAAGACAACGAUGGGAAGUGGAUCGAAAACAGGAUUGUUUUAUUCAUUGUAAAGAGAUAAUUCAGUAGAAGUUGCUGCCUAAUGUAUGUUAAGAGUUGCAAAAUUCUCAGCUAGAUGGAUUUCAAAUUAUGGAAUGUCAAUCGGAAUCAGUGAUGUUACCCCAUUUGAGGUGCUUAUUCAAGAAAAAUAAAAGCUAUUAGAUGCUGGCUAUGUAAAUUGUGAUAAACUUAUUGAUCAAUAUAAAAAGGGAGAUCUAGUUCUCAAAGCUGGUUGUAAUCCUGAACAAACUUUAGAGUCCUACUUAAAUGGAGAGCUGAGUAAAAUUAGAGAUAAGGCUGGUGAAAUUCUUAAAAGCAAACUGCCAAAGCAUAACUCUCCUUUGAUUAUGGCAAUAUGUGGUUCUAAGGGUUCCAAUAUUAAUUUAUGUCAAAUGAUAGCUCUUGUCGGGUAAUAAACUGUCAAUGGUUAGAGAAUGCCUAAUGGUUUCUUUGACAGAAGUCUACCUCAUUUCGAACCAUAUUCUAAGUAUCCAGCUUCUAAAGGAUUCGUCAAAAAUAGCUUUUACACAGGUCUAACAGCAACUGAAUUCUUCUUCCAUACUAUUGGAGGUAGAGAAGGUCUUGUAGAUACAGCAGUCAAAACUGCAGAGACUGGUUAUAUGCAAAGAAGAUUAAUGAAGGCAUUAGAGGAUCUAUCAGUAAAGUAUGACGACACUGUCAGAACAAGCACUGAGCAUGUGAUUUAAUUUUAAUACGGAGAUGAUGGUCUAGAUCCUAUGUUUAUGGAUGACAAUAGUCUUCCAGUUAGUUUAAAGAGAUUAAUGAUUAUGAUUAAGGAAAAUACUAAGUAAACAUCAAAAGUUAUUAAUGAAGAUGUGUUGUUGCCAUUUUAAGUGGUGGAAUUCAAAAAUAAAAUCAAGGAGAAUUGUCCAGUUAAAAAUGUUAGUCUCAAAUUCAUUGAAUAAUUAAAAGACUUCAUCUAAACAAUCAUUAAUUAGAUAGCUAAAUAAAGAAAAGACCUCGGAUUAAAAGAUGGACUAAAUCAAAUUCCAACUUUAUAAGAAUUAAAGAAUGAGAGAAAAGACAAAGUUGUUCAAAAAUUACUAAGAAAUUUCACUUUCUUAACACAAAGUUAGCUUGAUGAUUUCUCUACUCUAGUUUGGUUAAAAUACAGAAGAGCACAAAUUCAACCUGGAGAAGCAGUCGGUGCAGUUGCAGCACAAUCAAUUGGAGAGCCUGGAACUCAGAUGACUCUAAAAACCUUCCAUUUUGCUGGAGUUGCUAGUAUGAACGUCACUUUGGGAGUACCCAGAAUUAAGGAAAUCAUUAAUGCCACAAAAGAGAUCAGCACUCCAAUUAUUACAGCUAGAUUAGUUAAUGAUGUAGAUCUAAUUUCAGCCAGAAUAGUGAAAGGUAGAAUAGAAAAGACUAUUCUAGGUGAUAUUGCAAAGUAUAUAAAGGAAGUUUACACUCCAAGAGGAUGCUUCCUAGAAGUGAAGUUAGACUUAAAAGCCAUUACUGCAUUGAAGCUUGAACUAACCAUUAAUGAAGUUAAAACAGCAAUUCUCAAAACCCCAAAAAUAAAAGUAAAAGAAAAGAAUAUUGAAAUAUUUGACGAAAGAAAGCUUCACAUCUAGCCUUUUGACACCACAAGAGACAACAUGUAUUUCUCAAUGCAACAAUUAAAAAAUAUGCUUCCAAGUGUGAGUGUUAAGGGUAUUCCAACUGUACUGAGAGCAGUCAUUUCUAAGCAAGAGCAAGAUCAAGCUAAACAUUUAUUACUGGUAGAGGGCUAUGGGCUUAAAGAAGUCAUGUCUACUCCUGGUAUAGAUUUCAGAUACACAAAAUCUAACCACGUUAUUGAGACAGAGCAAGUCUUAGGUAUUGAGGCUGCUAGAUAAACAAUCAUCAAUGAAAUCCAAUAUACAAUGCAAUCUCAUGGAAUGAAUAUUGAUCCCAGACAUAUCCAACUAUUAGCAGAUAUCAUGACAUUUAAAGGCCAAGUUUUAGGCAUCACCAGAUUUGGAGUCUCAAAGAUGAAAAAUUCAACUCUUAUGUUAGCUAGUUUCGAGAUGACCACAGAUCAUCUUUAUGAUUCUGCAGUGCAUUGCAAAAAGGAUGAUAUCACUGGAGUGUCAGAAUGUAUUAUCAUGGGCAAUUUAAUUCCAAUUGGAACAGGCUUAUUCAAAGUAGUUUAUGAUGAAACUUUAUAGAAAGAAGAAUAACCAGGACUAUUGAUCUCUAAUGAGAAUGAAAACGAAGAUCUUAUUUUUGAUGGUAUAAAUGAUGUGAUUGAAAACCAAAAAAUGCUGAUUGAUAGUUGA